AUGGCGCCAAGGGACGACGGAAGCCUCUACAGAGUACUUGGUGUACCUCGAACGGCGGAUGACUCAGCCAUUCGAAAGGCUUAUCGAAAAUUGGCUCUUCAAUGGCAUCCAGACAAAAACCCAGAUAAUAAAGAGGAUGCUGAAAAGAAGUUCAAACAAAUCGCUCAAGCAUACGAAGUUUUAUCUGACCCAAAAAAACGAAGCUCCUACGAUCGAUCCGGCAAUGAUUUGACGUCACAUCAUCGAACACGUAAACCAUUUAGCGGCUUCCAAAAUGAUUUCCGUUCACCGUUUGAUAUAUUCAGCGAGUUCUUCGGUGGACGUGAUCCGUUCGCU